CAUCAUCACGAUCCAUUAUGUCCCCACUGCUCGGGCACGGGUCUCCUUCCAAUGAAGGAAGGUUUUAGGCCUAGUCCACCACGCUGGCCUAGUGCGGGUUGGUGGACAUAUACAUACAUAUUAUAAAAAAUGAAAAAGUUACACUUACAAAAUGUCGACACGAAAUGACCUAUUUUUUACUCACCUAUCCAUCUAUCGGUUCUUAGACACUUCCACUUCAGCUUGCAGAUUUUGUGACCGAGGUAGGUUUUUCAGUUACAGCUGUCUUAUUUCUGAUGUAAUCUUUCAGAUAAAUCGUAAGCAUCACUACUUAGCUCAUUCCACUGUCUGAAAACAAAAGGAAAAAGCAAAAAUAUUAUCUGAGAAACUAAAAAUAAACAAUGGUUUUGUUUCUUUUGAAUGUAAAAUAUUGUAAAACCAAGAGAAAUCAAUAUUAUUAUAUUACACAAUGUGUAUUGUUAAUCAAUAUAUUACACAGUAGCGUGUUUUUGGGUGAAAAUACACAAUAUAAAUGAGCGAGGAAUAUAAUUUAACAUAAGUUCUUUCCCAUACGUAAGCAAUGGAGCUCAGAAAAGUGUUACAAGUAGUCAUUUUGUUACCCUUCUCAAUGGCUUCAAGAAACGAAACGGAUGUUGAAAUAUCAUCACCAAGAACAAGAACUGAAACAGUGCUAGAGAAUGAACCAAAAACGAUGUUACUAUACAAUAUGGAAUCAGAUUUUCCAAAACUCGAAAGGGACUACAACCUGACUUGUACGAGCAAAUACACAUGUUCCACAAACGUGUACUCCAACCCUCAACUACAGUUCGAUGCAGUACUGUACCCGACCAACACGACGAAGCCCAGAAACGACCACCAUUUACACAACCAAAAACAAAUUAAUGUCUUCUACAGUAUGGACGCCACAGCUACCAUUCCAGAAAAUCUGGACAAGUUCUUCAAUUUGACAAUAACAUACCGCCUGGACUCAGACAUACCUUGGCCGUUCUUCGCAUUCAUAGAUCGUGCAACGCAUCAACAAGUUGCGCCGGCGAUCGAACCUGUGUGGAGGAAGACUCGCAGACCGAUGCCAGGCUCGUUUGAAGAGAAAGAGAUAACAGACCUGGUGAAACAUAAAGAAUAUGAUGCUGUGUUUGUGGCUUCUACUUGCAACACUCAGAGCCGUCGGGAGGAUUUCGUGCGUCACCUGCGGAAGCACGGGGUGCAGGUCGACACGCACGGCCAGUGCGGCCAGUUCCAGUGCCCGUAUACAGACGAGGACUGUGCUGAGACCAUCGGCCAGAAGUACUACUUCUAUUUAGUCUUAGAAAAGGCUUUGUGCGUAGAUUACUUAACUGAGAAAGUCGUGUUAGCCAUGGAAAGCGGAGCGGUGCCGGUGAUACUCAGCGGAGCUAACUUGACUCGCUUCCUGCCGCCUGGUUCGUACAUCGACGCUCUGCAGUUCAGCGUGAAGUCAUUAGCAGAUGAGAUGGCUCGGCUGAUAGCAGAUCCGUCAUCUUAUGAGAGUUUUUUUUGGUGGCGCACACAAUAUCGCGUGGAGCGUCGUGAUCGACCCCACCGCGAGAUUGAUGAAUCACAUCCGUUUUGCAAACUCUGCUCUGUGCUGCACAAGCUGGAUAAACAUUAUGUUUAUACUUCCCGCGGCUCACGGAGUGUAAGGAAGUGGUGGAACAAGAUGCCUAACAGUGACAGAUCUGCGUGUGUGCAUAAUGAUGAAAGCGUUUAUAAGCCGACUAUGACUAAAUGGCGUACGCUCGUUUGAAUUUGUUACAAUAUCUAUAACUUGUACAUAACGGCCGGGACUUGAACAUACUAAAAUUAACAGUACCUACAUACCUUUCUCAAAAAAUUAAAAUAUAGAAUUAGAAAAAUAAUUUCUUUUUUCGGUAGGAUAUUACAGUUUGGUUUCUUUAAAAAAAAUUGGCCUGUUUUUAAAGGACUUUACUUUUCCUUCAGAGCCCAUAAGAUUGUUCCGCCCUGUGUACAUAAAUAGAGAUAAAAUAAAACACAGUUCAAUAAUUGUACAGUGAAAGGGCCUGUUUACUUUCACACCUUUGAGUAUCCUAAUCCUUUAAGCCAUCCACUAUCGAACGCUCCAAAUGGAUUCCUACUACAACAGUUUUCAAGACUGAUAUUCCAGUCGGAUUGUGGGUGCUAUCCAUGGAUGACUUCCAUAUUUUAUAUAAUAUCAUAUUUCUGACUCUUAUCGAAAGUACCUUAACUGAAUACAAAAACUGCAGUUAAAAUUAAUGGUUAAAAUAAAAUCUUAAGGAUGACUUGCACCACCCAUUUAAAUGCUUUAAAUCUAUUUUUUGCUUGCUUUGACAGUGUAGUGUCAAAGCUAGGCAGCAAUAGAUAUAAUUACGUUGAAAUAUUUGGUACAAGCCAUCCUUAAUGAACAUCCCAAAUCUAUAAAAAGUGUUGCCGUGUUGCGGUUAGCGAUUCCCCCACCACGUAUAAUAUACUGAGUUCAAAGUGGGGUGAGACAUUACACGUAAAGCAGAUGCAACAUGUCUGUUUGUGUUACUGUCCUGGCUGAGUUCGGUACAACGGUGGAUAAACAAUGUCGACCCUUAUUGCUUCCCAGUAAGUCAUCUGUUUCGUCUCAAGUUGAACAAACUGUAACAUAUAAGCAUCUUUG